GAGAGAGAGAGAGAGGAGGGGGUUUCAGCCUAUCUCUGGGCAUCUCUCUCCACCCCUAUCUCUUUACGGGACUGCCAGCCCGUGCUGCGGUAUUCCAGGAAUGCGUGGUGAACAUGGCGGCCGCGCUGAAGGCUCCCAAAAGCGGGCUGCUGGAGCUGCGCGUGGCGGUGGAGCGCUGGAGCCGCGUGCUGGCAGCGCUAAGCGGGGACGCGCUCACUGUGAGCCCCGCUGAGGCGACCGAGGAGCCGCCUAAGAGCAAAGCCCCGGCCGCGGCGCCUCUGAACGGGGAACCGAGUAGCCUGAGCAGCCCCAACGUCCCAGAACAUAUCAGCAGCGUGAAGCGCACCGUGAGGGUCACCAAGCAGGACGUGGGGGGGCUCGGAAUCAGCAUUAAAGGUGGUAAAGAGAAUAAGAUGCCCAUCCUAAUCUCGAAGAUUUUCAAAGGACUAGCAGCCGAUCAGACCGAGGCUCUUUAUGUGGGUGACGCCAUUUUAUCAGUCAAUGGAUGUGACCUGCGAGAAGCUACACACGAUGAAGCUGUACAGGCCCUAAAGAAGACCGGAAAGGAGGUCAUCCUGGAGGUGAAGUACAUAAAGGAGAUGUCUGCGUUUUUUAAAAGCGCGUCUCCAGGUGUUCCUCCCGUGAUGGACUCUCCACCGUCCACUCCACAGAAGCAGCCUGAUCCAGCGCUCACGGAGACCAGAACCAUCCCGCUCAAAAUGUGCCACGUCACCCGCAAACAGUGCCCCCCAGACACAGAGGACAGGUAUUUUGAGGUGGUGUCAGCGGACAGGAAGAAGUCAGUGUUUCUGAGGGCGAAGGACCCAGCUAUGGCCCAGUCAUGGUAUAAUGCCAUCCAAACGGCCAGCGCUGCACUGCUGUCCACAGUUAAAGAUGACCUCAGAGCCUUGCAGCCAGGCCUGGACAUCAGACACGUCGGCUGGAUCAUAGAGCAGGGAUCAGAGAGGCCAGUACUGGCCGUGUUGACAGACAGAGAUCUGAUGCUGUAUAGCUCUUUACCGGAGAGCAGAGAGAGCCUUAACAGCCCAGACAAGAGCCAUCCACUCAUUACCACCAGACUCGUUCACUCAGGGCCUGGGAAGAGUUCAUCUGUGCAGGAUUCUGAGUUAACCUUCGGUCUCCGUCUGGGCACUAAACAAGGUGUGGAAACCCACCUGUUCCGUGUGGACACUGCCAAAGACCUGUCCACUUGGAGCCACCUGCUGGUGGAGGGCUGCCACAACGCUGCCGAACUUAUACAAGAAGUCACCACAGCGUGCAGUUGGAACGGUCAGCAGUGCAUGCUGAGUGUGCACAUAGACAACGGCUUCUCGUUGUUCACGGAGGAGGCGGGGGUCCGCAGGCACAUCCUCCUGCAGCAGCCAUUCGAGCGCCUGCGCAUGUCCUCCGACGACGGCGUGCGCAUGAUCUUCCUCGACUUUGGAGGCCCGGAGGCUGAGAUCCAACUGGACCUCCACGCCUGCCCCAAAACCAUCGUCUUCAUCAUCCACUCCUUCCUCUCGGCCAAGGUGAAGCGACUAGGCCUGCUGGCGUGACCGCUGAUGUCCUAAACUCACCAAACACGCAGCUAUGUGAAGCCUUAGUCACAGGUUAUAGGAAUCGGAGCCACGACAAUGGAAGCAGAAGGCGGACCAGACAGCAUCGGUACAAGAGUUCUGCCGCAGGCUGCCAUCGGUGGAAUCCUGCCACUGUUGGCCAAACAAACAAUCUAAAGCCAUAAAAUGAAUCUCAUUUGAUCUCACUUUGUAGGAGAAACUGAUUUUCACACACAGUACAUGUUUAUAUCAUAUCAAUUUGUGUAAAACAGCAUAAUUAUUUAGAGAUCAUAAGAUUUUUCCAUGCUCCACCUGCAAAUGCACUUUUUUGUGGCAACUGUUGUGAGAUAACAUUGAAAUUGAUGCAUUAAAUUCUGUUAGACUACAUAAGUUGCUCAUACCUAAUGUGCAUUUUUAGUGGGCUGCAAGUGACUUGCUGAUCAACACAGGCAAAUGCUUGUAUGUCUGUGCUGUUAAAGACUGAAUGUCCCUGUCCACCUACUGCUAACUCCAUAUUGAAAACAGCUGGCAUACAGCUUAAGUACGGAGCAUUGUGGGAAAUGUAGUGUCUGUAGUGAAUCCGUGUGGCCAUAAUAUUUGUGUUGUGUAGUUUAGCCCAACAAAUCAAGGUUAAAAUGGGAAACUGAAUAGCUUAUGUAUUGACUUUUUUCCCCUAUGGUUAUAGUGGGGUACAAUAACAUUUUACUGGUGCAUGUGCUCCAGUAAAUUGGCAUAGAACCAAAAAGGAAUGCUAAUUUUACUUUGAUUACAUAUAAAAAAAACUACACCUGAUUGAUCCUAACAGUGUGACCUUUCACACACAAAAUAAAUAUAAUUUGUAAUUAUUAAGGCACUCUAAAUUUCUGUAUUUUACUAAGUUGUGCACUACAAUUUCUCAAAAGGUUGAAUGGGAUAGAGCUUGUCCAACCUCGCAACAGCUGCUAGGAAAGAACGCAUUUGUGGAUGGAGCAUGGAUAGAUGACCUGGAGAGCUGGCUGACGGAGAAGUAAAAAAUAAAGCUAGUAGUUUAAGGUACAGUUCAUCCCAAAACUGGAAGCAUAGCUAACAACGAAGGCCAGUGGAAACUAAUAAGAAUGUUCCAGUUCGCAUAACAUCAACCUGGGUCCAACUAGUGGAAACUCAGUGUUAGCCACUUUAGCAUUUUCAAGUAUUCUUUUGAAUACUGAGUUCUUUUGAAUUUGAGUUGAUGUGGAGGAAAUAAUAUGUGGGUGUGUCGGGGAUUUUAGUUCAGAAGUACGCAGAGCAGCCUGGAUGCCUCCUUAUGAGUAAAAUUCAGAGAGUUAUGCAGUUAACACUGCUUCAGCUCUGCUGCAGUUUUGCUACAGAUUCUUCUCUGCUUCGAUUAGGUGGGAGAUCAAGUUUGAUUCUGUUUUGAUUUGUCUGAUAGUCUAUCUGAUCUAACCCUUUUCUAUUCUGAUAUAAACCACAUUCAGAUAUUGGUCAUUUCAUUUCAAAUGAUUGUGUACUGGCAGCUUGUCCAAACAUAGAACCAGAUGGGUUUAAGCAAAUGUGAUUUCACAAUCUGGAGUCUAAACAGAACCUUCUUCGGAUGUGACAGCUAAACUUAUGUGAGGCACCUUUCUCUAAUUAUGUAAUCCAGUCAUUAAAUAUUAAUUAUUAAAUUCACAUUUCACAGAUAUUUAACACUUAUAAUGGUAGUAAUGGUAAAGAAGUUCUAGCAUUGCAGGGGUGGGAGGGUUGGAUGUUGACAACUGGGGUUAACUGACCUGAUCUUUAGUGGCAAGAAGUGACACCAUCUGCACUACAGGCCAAACGUUUGGAAGCAACUCUAACAAAAGUUUUACUGUUUAAACACAAACAUGCAUAAUUUGUUUAGCUCCUGGUGAUUAUCCUGCACAGCCCUAAUCAGAUCCACCUGAUUCCCCCAUUCAGAUGCUCCUGGAAGCUUGAUGAACUCAAUCAGGUGCGUUAAUUAAAUUAAGAGUUUUUAAUUAAUUAAAAAACAGUCAAUGUAAGAGACUGUUAUCAACAAACUCCAUCAUGAAAGCUUUAUUUCAUAUUAGAGUACAUUUAGCAAUAAAUCAAAACAAGUGUCUCACUGCCCACUGUGAGAAUUUGGACAUAAUUUUGCUUUUUAAACGUUUAAAUCUGCUGCCAGAGGAGUCUGUCCAGAAUCACCACUGUCUGUGUGCUAUGUUUUCUAUCACUGUGUAAAAAAUACACAUGACUUCAUUUAUUGUUGUGAUUUUUUUCACAAAAGCUCAGAGCACAGUUCAGAUUGCUGAGCGCUUAUUAUUGUUUAGUUUCAUCAGAGUAACAAUAAAACGCAACUGAUGUGUCACAUAUUCCUUUUCAUGCAUCUGGAGAGACAUUAAUGGAAAUAUGUGAGGCAAACUAGUCAAUAAAAAUCUCCACAUUUUCAGCUUUGUUAGAUUAUGUACUUUGCAUAUUGAAUAAAAGCAACACUGAGAAAUCACAAUUGCCAGAGUAGAGCAGAUUAAAUGGCAGAAAUUUUGUGUUGGCCUUACGGGGUUAAACUAGAUGCCAAUAAAUGUGUUAUGUUGGUAGUUAAGUUGAACGAUGAAACUUUGCAGGAUUGUAGAGGCUUUACAGGACUAAUGCGCCUGUGCUUUUGGGACAGCGGUCGAUCAGACACUUUUUUUUCUUUUUUUAUGUAUAUAUAUAUAUAUACAUAUAUAUAUAUAUAUAUAUAUAGCUGCUGUUGGAACAAAACCUCAUACCUCCAAAAUAACAACUUUACAGGAGAAGCAAAAAAAAUAAUUUUGGGUCAUAUAUGUUUAUAUACAUGGUAGCAACUACCUGGGAUACCAUAGCAUUGCCCUAGCAAAACCUUAACAUCCCCUUCUAGUUCUACAUUUGAUAAUUUUACUGUAAAAUAUUUUUAACUGCUUGCUUCCACACUUUUGUCCUCUAGUGUAGUAAAUCUCUGAUGUCACGUAUCUAUAGCCAGGGAUGUGUUUUGUUGUUGAUUUUUUCUUUUUUCAGAAUUUUCUUUGUAACAUUUGUUUAUUUCAGGUCUUAGAGGUACAGAAUGACAGUAUAUUUUGAUGCAACAUUGAAUCAGCUGAAUUUAAGGAUGCCUUCAAACGGUUUGACGCUCUGUUUGAUUGCCGACUCCCAUAAAGGUUAGUAUGUUAGCAUCCUGACAGUCAGGGCCAGAGCUCUGUAACAAACUUAUUUUGUCCUCAGCAGUCACGUACACUUGGGGUCAGGACGUUUUCCUUUAUUGGCAGAGUGGACUUGUGUUAUUUUGCGACUUUUACGUUUGACAGGAAAACAGAAGCAGCUGUUUCACAGUUGUCUGGUCAGUGGGAUACUGUAAGCAGAGAACAUCUAUCAUGUGGCCUUUUUGAAAGCAUACUACAAAUUAAUAUAUACUUCAAACUAAAAUAUGUUUGCUCUUAAAGACAAUUGUAUUGUAUAUUCUUAUUUAAACAAAAGUGUGCCUUGCAGGGUUGUUUGUAUAUAAAAAUGUAAUAAACAAUUGUUGACUUACA